CACGUCUAAUACAUACACACAAAAGUUAUAUCGACGGCUCGAUUUGGGUUGUAUUGCCGUAGCUUUGCCCUACUCUAGAGCUGCUGCUGCACUUCAAUUUCCAUCACUCCCUUCUUCCACCGUGCCGGCAAUUAGGAGACGCUGUUUAUUUUCUCACGUAGCUUUUCUGCACCUCUGCGUUUGUUGCACAGAACAAAACCCUAGCUUCCUACUUCUCUUUCUCCCCAUAUAUUCACAUUACGCUUUUUUCUUGCUAUUUAAGAGCGGAAUUGGAUGAUGGAGAAGAAAAAGUCUCGUAAAGAAAGUAGAAAAGAAGCUCGGACGGCUAAAAAGCAGAAGAAGUUCGAUUCAUGGGUCCAACAUCACCAUACACAAAAAACCCGGAGAACAGUGCCAAAUUUAAAACCAACACACACAGUGCAUUCACGGAAGGAUAGUCAAGUCCAAAGACAUGAACAUUUGCACUCCUUAAAUUCAAAGAAAGACUUGGACACUUCUCCACGGGUGGAUGCUUCUAAGGUCGACAAUAUGAGUUUGAAAAGGAUAGAUGCCCGAAAUAAAAACUCAAUGGCCUCUAUAGAGCCUGCUAUUGAAGUUAAGAAUGACUUGCAGGCUUCUCCACGGUUGGAAUCUUCUAAGGUGGAAAAAAGAAGUUUGAAAAGGAAGCAUGCCUCAAAUAAAAAUUCAAAGACAAUGUUUAUGGAGUAUCUUGAAAUGGAAAAGGAGGAAGAUGCUAUCUCUGCGGAAGUAGAUCUGAGAUUGGAGAGGAAACUAGCUAAGAAACUCAAGGUGAAGAAUGAGCAAUUGCGAGGAGAUGAUGAUAUUGAUAUGUUACUUGAAGGAAUUCCUUCUGUAGUUGACUGUAAUAGUCAAUUGAAUGAAUCUCUGGAGGGUACUGAUACUGACACUUCGCGCAAGAAACUGAAAAAGAAGGCAGUGGAUGAAGUUUUAGAUGGUAAACUGGUUUCUGAGGAUGGGAAGUUUGAUCCUUCAUGUGUUAGCUAUGUUGAGCAUGGCAGCACAGAUUUACAGACCAAACAAAAAGAGUCAAAAAAGAUGAAAAGAAAGAAGACAAAGUUUGAAGAGCUUCUUGCAACUGAAAUGCGUGGACAGGUUAUAUCAGCAGAUGAGGAUCUGGCUUUGGAAAGGAAGCUUGCGAAGAAGCUCAAGGUGAAGGGAGGGAAAUUACUUGGGAAUGAUGAUGAUAUGAAUAAUUUAUUUGAGGGAAUUCCUUCAUUUCUGGAUUCUUUUGAGGAUGAAGAUACACAACUUGCUGGAGAAGCACCUCGAAAGCGUGAUAAGAGCUCCUCAAAUGAAAGAUCUAAAGAGAAAAGAUAUAAUAAAGAAGCGCAAGGAGAAGAUCAAGAUCAAGAGGAAGAGGAAGAGCAGAAAGCUGAGAGCACUCUAUACUGUACUGAUGUUAUGGCAACAGAUGGAGAAGUUUUAACAGCUGGAUCUGCUGCCAAAGAAAAUGCUAAAUAUGUUGCUCCUCGCCUGAGGUCAUGUUUGGGAAGUGAGUCAGAAGAGUUUUCUCAAAUUCGUCGACGACUAAGAGGUCUCCUGAAUAGGAUGUCCGAGGCUAAUGUGGAAUCGAUCACAAGUGAAAUUUCCACGAUCUACCAGACUGUUGGUCGCACUUUUGGUUCUCAGAUUAUUAAUGAAGAGGUUUUGGCAUCAUGUUCUAGAGGUCCGCGUGGCAAUGAGCAGUAUGCAGCAGUUUUUGCUGCUUUUGUUGCUGGCAUGGCAUGCUUGGUUGGGAUGGACUUUGGCGCAAAACUUCUGGCAUCUAUGGCUAAAUGUUUUGAGGAUGAGUAUCAGAAUGAAGAUAACCUCUCUGUUAGGAACCUGACACUUCUGCUCUCAUACUUGUACACUUUUGGAGUUUGCUCAAGCGACUUGAUAUAUGAUUUCCUGGUGACAUUGAGCAACAGACUGACAGAAGUGGAUGUCUCUACCAUAUUGACAGUGCUACAAGCUUGUGGGAUGAAAUUGAGAGGUGAUGAUCCCGUUGGUAUGAAGAACUUUAUAGUUAGCGUUCAGAAUAGGGUGAAUGAAUUGAAAAUCUCAUCUGGGGAAGGACAAUCAAACAGUUUGGGGAAAAGGAUGGAAUUCAUGCUUGAGAUGAUAUGUGAUAUCAAAAACAAUAAAAAAAGGACGAAGGAGGACACCUUGCAGCUUACCCGAAUAAAGAAAUGGCUACAAAAGCUCAGAGUAGUUGAUAUAUUGAUUCGAGGCUUAAAGUGGAGCAAGCUGCUUGAUCCUGACAAGAGAGGCCAGUGGUGGAUGUCUGGGAAUAUUGAUUCAACAACUGAUGUUCAAGAUGUUGCAAGCACAAUUGACUUGGAGGUCACCGAGGCUCAAAAGAUGCUUCAGCUUGCUGCUGCUCAAAGGAUGAAUACUGAUGCAAGAAGGGCAAUUUUUUGCGUAAUAAUGAGUGGAGAGGACUAUAUUGAUGCAUUUGAGAAACUUCUAAGAUUGGAUUUGCAAGGCAAGCAGGUAUGCCUUCUGCUCAAAUGUAUCUUGGGAAGUCGUGUCACACGGUCUUCUGCACUCGGCAGAGCUGCGUGACAAAAAGUUCAUUAACAAUCCCUGAUUUCUAGAAAUGGAAAAAUUAUAUCUCGGGUGUAUUUGGUACGACUGUAAAAUAUUUUUCAAUUUUCUCAUGUUUGGUUGGUCAAGAUGUUAUGGAAAACAUUUUCUCUAGGAAAUUACGAAAAUGACUUCCUUUCUAGGAGUAGGGAAGAAAAGUCCCAUAAGUGGAAUUCCAUACUAAUUGUCUCCUGCACACCAUAGUGAUUGUCUUAAGUUAUAUAUAUAAAAUAUUCUUGGGACAAUCUAUUCUGCUUACUUCACAAACACCACAAAAUAAGUAAAAAACAACUUAUUUUAAAUAUUUUCCUCCAGACCAAAUACACCCCUCAUCUUGCCACAUAUCGGGAAAAGACGAGGAGAAGACAAAUGAAGUGCUUCUUACACUAUAUGAACAAUGCAUAUUUCUUGUGAUUUCUGUUUCCUGCUUGCGUUUGAUGCAAGAGUUCAAAGUCAAUUUCUGACCUGUGACACAAGUAAAUAGUGAGUUAAAUUGAGACCUGGUGGGUCAAGAGUUUCCUUGGUACAUAAAAUUAUAUUUAUGGAGGACGAAUGAAGAGACUAUAUGCCCAGACAGUUUUUACUCUUUUUCUCUCACACACCAUUGGUCCUCGUUUAACCUUUUUAUUGGAGUGGCCAAAAUCAUCAUGCUUUGAGAAUCAUCUGAAUCAUGGUACUCACAUAUUAUUUGAUAUCAUAUCCUCAUUUUAGCAAUGGAGGAUGUAUUUGAAGAGACUAUAUACAGACAGUCUCCUCUUUUUCUUACACCAUUGGUUCUUAUUAUCCCUUUUUAUUGGAGUCAUCAUCUGAAACAUGGUACUCACAUGAGAGCUGAUGUUUGCACCCAAGAGAUUGCACCUCCUAAAAGUAGUGCAACUAUAUCAAGUAUAUUUAGUUGCAAAAGCACUAUAUUAUAUUGAUCUCAAAACCAUAGCCGUACUAAUCCAAUGUUA